AUGUACUGGUUGACCUCGUUCUGCACAAAGCUCACACAUGGCCAUCGCAGGACCCGUCGCAGAAAAUGCAUCCGCUCGCAGCAGGGCCUCACCUGCGACUACUGCGCCGCGCGCGGCCUCGACUGCCACCUCAGCGCCGAGACGGUGUUCCAGUCCGACGGCUACGAGACGAUUGUGCCGUGGCGGUCGCACGCGCUGACGCACAAGUCCAAGCUGCUGCCGCCGACCGACCUCUGCCUCGAGCUCAUCCACCUCUACUUCCGCUACGUGCACGUCUCGUUCCACGUGCUCUUCCACAAGCCGUCCUUCCUCGACGCCUACGCCCGCGGCUCGCUGCCGCGCAUCCUGCUGCUGGCCGUCAUGGGCCUCGCCGCGCGCUUCGCCCGCCACGCGAGCCUGGCCGCCACCCCGCCCAGGGAGCGCGGACGCCGCUUCGUCAAGGAGGCCGAGCGGCUGCUCGACCUCCACGACAUGUCGCUGACGACGAUCCAGGCCUGCCUGAUGCUCGGCGCCGCGGCCGUGGUGGAGGGCGGCCGGGCUACCGAGUCCGUCUACUUUAGCAUCGCGUGCCGCACCGCGCUGCUGAUUGACCUGCCAAACAUUGCUGCGCCGACGCUUGUUGAAGAGGAAGUCAACCGAAGAGUUUGGUGGACCGUCUACGAAACGGAUACCUGGUCGUCCACCGCGGUCCGGCUGCCCAAAAUGAUGCCGUUUCGCAAUAUACCCUUGCCAAUGGCCGAAGAUGUAUUCCUCGGACUCCCCCUCACGCAGCCGGCAGUGGCAUCGCCAGACUCCCACCGCCCCGUGGCAGAUCAGCUACCAGUUCCGUCCCCAGACUCGUUGAUUGCGCAGGCCAUGACCAUUGGCUUCACGCUCUCGAAAAUCGACCAGAUCAAUUCUCGCGCGGCUUCCGGGCUCGUCAAGUACGUUGAUCUCAUCCAAGAAGUAGACUGCAUCUGGCGGGAACUGCACCGCUGGCACUCCAACCUACCCGCCAACCUGGUCAACACGCCAGACAACAUUGUCUACUGGUCCAGCAAGAACCAGGGAAACUUGUUCGUCUUCCUCCACAUGAACUACUACCACCUCUGCCAGCUGCUAUUCUACCAGUUCAUCUACCAUAGCGCCCACGACAAGGAGUGUCCUCCGCUCGCCCUCGAGUUCGCCGCCCGGUGCCGCGACGCCUCCUCGCAGCUGUGCGAGCUCCUGCACGCGGCCAGCGCGUCGCCGCACACGGAGCUUCUCAACUCGCUUGUCGGGCACGUGCUGACCAUUGCCUCGACCGUGCAGCUGCACAUCCUGCUGUUCGGCGAGAAGGACGCCGAGACGCAGAAUGCGCGGCGGCUGCUGGAGCGCAACUUUGCGCUGCUCACCCGUCUGGAAGUGUACUGGCCGUGCCUCGAUAUCUCGUUUGCGCGGCUGGAGGCGUUUCAUGAGGCGUGCGCGCGCUUCCAAGACGGCUCGCAGUUCCGCAUGGAUCAAUGGAUGCUCACGUUUCUGCUCGAGUUUGCGACGGCGGUUCCGAGGAACAGAACGGCGGAGAGCAACACCGUUUCGCACAACUCAUGGCGCAAUAUCCUCGGCGGGCGCUAA